UGUCUUUUCAGGAACGGAUACGAACACUACGAAGAAGACGAGUGGCAUUUUGGUCCUGGUGGACUCUCCUCGUCUUCCUCACUCAUUCAAUAAAUCUCGCGUUAACAGUUAUUCCUCCAACAAACUAAACAACAACAACAAAAAAAAAAAAACCAUCCCUUCUCUCCAAAACGACCAACCAAAGGCAAAACGCACAACAACGAUGAAGAAGCAGAAGCGCUCGGACCCUCAAAACGACACCACUAACCCCUUCGAGGUUCUCACGGAGGAGCUAAUGUUCGUGAUCCUGGACUUCCUCGAAACGGCGGCGCCGUUGGAUAAAAAAUCCUUCUCGCUGACGUGUAAGUGGUUUUACUCCCUUGAGGCAAAACACCGUCGUUUGCUUCGGCCGUUACGGGCAGAGCACCUGCCCGCGCUCGCAGCCCGCUACCCGAGCGUAACGGAACUAGAUCUCUCGCUGUGCCCGCGCGUGGGCGACGACGCGCUCGCGCUCGUCGCCGGCGCGUACGCGGCGACGCUGCGGCGGCUGGACCUGUCACAGUCGCGGCGGUUCACAGGGAGCGGGCUUAUGAGCCUCGGCGCGCGGUGCGAGUACUUGGUGGAGUUGGACUUGUCGAACGCGACGGAGCUGAGGGACGCCGGCGUCGCGGCGGUGGCGCGUGCGCGGAACUUGCGGAGGCUGUGGCUGGCGAGGUGUAAGAACGUGACGGAUAUGGGGAUUGGGUGUAUUGCGGUGGGGUGCAGGAAGCUGAGGGUGAUUUGCUUGAAGUGGUGUGUUGGGAUUGGGGAUUUGGGCGUGGAUUUGGUUGCAAUUAAGUGUAAGGAGCUCACAACAUUGGAUCUCUCUUAUUUGCCUAUCACGGAGAAAUGUCUGCCGUCGAUCUUCAAAUUGCAACAUCUUGAAGAUUUGGUCCUCGAAGGAUGCUUUGGCAUUGAUGACGACAGCCUCGAUGUUGAUCUCUUAAAACAAGGGUGCAAGACAUUAAAGAAACUUGAUAUCUCAGGUUGUCAAAACAUAAGUCACGUUGGGUUAUCAAAGCUAACAAGCAUUUCUGGAGGUUUAGAGAAACUCAUUUCAGCAGAUGGUUCUCCUGUCACUCUUUCUCUUGCUGAUGGUUUGAAUAAACUUUCAAUGUUGCAAUCAAUUGUAUUAGAUGGCUGCCCUGUUACUUCUGAAGGAUUAAGGGCCAUUGGAAAUUUGUGCAUUUCACUUAGGGAGCUUAGUCUAAGCAAAUGUUUGGGAGUGACAGAUGAAGCACUCUCGUUCCUUGUGUCAAAACACAAAGAUUUAAGGAAGCUUGACAUCACAUGCUGUCGCAAGAUAACUGAUGUUUCCAUUGCCAGCAUUUCUAAUUCGUGCGCAGGUCUAACUUCUCUCAAAAUGGAAUCAUGUACACUAGUUCCAAGUGAAGCAUUUGUCUUGAUUGGAGAGAAAUGCCAUUAUAUUGAGGAGCUUGACCUAACAGAUAAUGAAAUUGAUGAUGAAGGUCUUAUGUCCAUUUCUUCUUGUUCUAGGCUCUCCAGCUUGAAAAUAGGAAUAUGCCUGAACAUAACUGACAGAGGACUUACCUAUGUUGGCAUGCAUUGCUCAAAAUUAAAGGAGCUGGAUCUAUACAGGUCUACAGGGGUAGAUGAUUUGGGCAUUUCAGCAAUUGCUCGGGGUUGCCCUGGCCUUGAGAUGAUAAAUACAUCCUAUUGUACUAGCAUUACUGACAGGGCACUAAUCACCUUGUCAAAAUGUUCAAAUUUGAAGACACUUGAAAUUCGAGGAUGUCUUCUUGUUACAUCCAUAGGUCUGGCAGCUAUUGCAAUGAAUUGCAGACAACUAAGUCGUCUAGACAUAAAAAAGUGUUACAACAUUGAUGACAGUGGGAUGAUUGCACUAGCUCAUUUCUCCCAAAAUCUAAGACAGAUAAAUUUGUCAUAUAGCUCAGUUACAGAUGUGGGGCUUCUGUCACUUGCUAAUAUCAGCUGCCUUCAAAGUUUUACUGUGCUUCACCUGCAAGGCUUGGUUCCAGGAGGACUGGCUGCAGCCUUAUUAGCAUGUGGAGGGCUAACAAAAGUGAAGCUUCAUCUUUCACUAAGACCUCUGUUACCUCAGCUACUUAUCAGACAUGUAGAAUCACGUGGCUGUGUGUUUGAAUGGAGAGAUAAAGAGUUUCAGGCUGAAUUGGACCCAAAGUGUUGGAAAUUACAGUUAGAAGAUGUGAUGCUAUAGGAUUUUCUCAGGUUUGAAGUUUUGAUAAAGAUGACUCGCCACAUGGCUACUCAUGAAAUUCAAUUCGGAAGUCAUCAUCUUCUCUGAAUUCAGAAGUUACUCUGUUCACCUACCUACACUACAAGAAAUGAAGAAAGUAGAAUGAAAAAUGUCAGAAGUAUUCUGUUUAGUUCAUCGGAGGCUACACAGGCAUUUGGAAUGGAGGUUGCUGAUUAUCCCUCUAUAAGUCUCGCCUAACUAGGAAGAGUUUUUGUUGUCUCAUCAACUCAAGCAAUUAAGUUGUCCUUGGUAGAAUGUUGAAGGAGGGGCAAUCGCUUGUGUGUAAUGUAUAAAAGUAUAAAAGUUUUGUUCAAUCUUUUUUUUUUUUUUUUGAACUGCAAAUAGCAGGAUUAGUUAAGUGUAACAAAACCCAUCUAACGUCUUUCAUUUUAUUUUAAUUAUUUAUUUUGGGAGUACAAUUGGAAAUGCUCAGAGAAUGGAAAAAGCAGUGCUAUCGAAUGUAUAAAAACACUAACUUCUGUUCAAUCUUUUCUUUUGGCAGUGAAAAGAAAGAUUAAGUGUGUAA